AAUCUCGUAGACGUCAUUAAAAUCUUUCAUUCAUUCUUUCAUUCAUUUGACCUUGUGAACCUUAUUAAAAUCCAAUGAAUCGUACAAAAUAGGUGCAGUUAUGAUGAAAUCUUUGUGGUAGGAGGUUCUGGGAAAUAUGUGGAGUUCUUGCACCGUGAUUUAAAUAUAACUUUUAAGAUCUGAUUGUUCGAUCAAUACUAAGCAACUAUGCAGGCAGGAUAUUUAUUCUUUGUUCGUAAUGCAGAAACAUAGCCUUGCAGCUUCCAUAUUCGAGUCAGAUCAUACUCCGUGACUUACCGUAAAUGACCGAAAAUUCGUGCCGAAUUUAUGGCAUUUCUAAGCCUUUGGUUCCUCGUUGUUGUCUUGCCGUUGUGCUGCAGUAAGAAACAGAGUGUUUGGCCGUAGAAUGUCGAAACGUCACUUGCUUGCACAGAGAAGAUCCCUGUAAGAGACCUUUUUGGCAUCUUCUAUGGAGUUGGAAAAAGUAUUGCAGGAUAAUCUUCAACAUUCUGCUAUUGGUACAAUGGACAAUCACCUUGUAGAAUUCACAGAAGAACUAAGAACUGUUGCAAAGGCAUUAAAGCGAGUGGCAGAUGGCAAAGCUCGGGCUCAAGAAGAGGCAGUUGAGUGGAAAAGGAAAUAUGAGCUUGAGAAACUACGGAACUUGCAAUUACAAGAGAAAGAAAUUUCUGUACAGGAAGGCAUAGCCACUGAUGCAACACAAAAAUGGAUUGAUAAUUCAUCUCAUCAAGCUGAGAAUGGAGAGUCAAUUCAAAAUCAAAACAGGAAAUGUUGUACAAAGCAUGGAAUUUGUGGCCUGGAAAUUCGUCCAAGGCAAAUAUCUCAAUGUGAUUUUGUAAUGGGUUCAAAUCUGUGUAGUCCAAAGGCAUCUUUCACUCUUGCAUGGGGCUCCAAUGGUGAAAAUAACAAACAUAAACAUGACGUGGUCUCCUUUGAGAGUGGUAACAUUACUACUGCAGCUCGGAGCCAUAAACAGAUCAUGCUGAAGUGGGACUCACCUCCACAGUCUGUGGUCAUCUUGACAAAGCCAAACUCAAAUUCUGUGCGAGUGUUAUGUGCCGAAAUGAUCAGGUGGCUUGCAGAUGAAAAAAUGGUAACCAUUUUUGUAGAGCCAAGAGUCAAGAAGGAUCUUCUUGCAGAAAGUAUGGAUUUUCAUUUUGUACAAUCCUGGGAAAAAGACGAGGAAAUUUUGCUCCUACAUACAAAGGCUGAUCUUGUUAUAACACUUGGUGGAGAUGGAACGGUUCUAUGGGCAUCAUCACUGUUCAAGGGGCCAGUUCCACCAGUUAUUUCAUUUUCCUUGGGAUCACUUGGGUUCAUGACACCCUUCCAGAGUGACUGUUAUCGGGACUGUCUAGAAAUGAUUAUGAGGGGACCUGUUAGUAUUACUUUACGCCAUCGUUUACAGUGUCAAGUUCUUCGAGAUGCAGGAUCUGAUGAAAAAUGGAGAGAAGAACCCAUUUUGGUGUUGAACGAGGUCACUAUUGACCGUGGAAUGUCAUCAUUUCUUACUUACUUAGAGUGCUACUGUGAUGAUUCCUUUGUUACCUGUGUUCAAGGAGAUGGAUUAAUUCUAUCAACAACUUCUGGCAGUACUGCUUAUUCAUUGGCAGCGGGAGGUUCCAUGGUGCAUCCCCAGGUCCCUGGAAUACUUUUUACUCCAAUCUGCCCACAUUCUUUAUCAUUUAGGCCUCUCAUCCUACCAGAAUAUGUUACAGUUAGGGUGCAAGUUCCUUUCAACAGUAGAGGAAAAGCAUGGGCCUCUUUUGAUGGAAAAGAUCGAAAGGAGUUAAAACCAGGAGAUGCACUUAUUUGCAGCAUGGCUCCAUGGCCUGUUCCAACAGCAUGUGAAGAUGACUCCACACAUGAUUUUUUGCGCAGUGUUCGUGAAGGUCUUCAUUGGAAUUUGAGGAAACCCCAAUCACUAGAUGAACCCAAAGACAUAUGAAUAGCUACAUGUUAUAAAAUUAAAGUACUUUGGUGGCCACUAAGGAAAUCCUACCUUUCCUAAUUUCUAUUUUUCAUCUCGAAUAUUUUGUGUCAUUCUAUUUCAAUAGCGAGAAUUUACUCCCAUUGUUUGAAAUGUGACAAGUCCCCCGCUUGGCAUGGAAUUUGAAUAAAGCUGCCAUUUGUACGGAAAAUAUUCCUCAAAGUGGCUAUGUACUCAAUAUUAUGCUAAAAAUUAAAAUGUCUAUAUUAUCAAGUA